AUGAAAUCUGGAAAUUCAAAGCUGAGAGAAGAAGUUACAGGAAAUGAUAUUGCUGAAGUAGUUAGUAAAUGGACUGAUCCUGCGGUUCGAUCUGUAUCUGAGGCCAUUCAGCAAUCUCGAGCUGGUCUUUCAGACCCCUGCCGUCCAAUUGCCAGUUUUAUAUUUAUGGGUCCAACUGGAGUUGGGAAAACCGAACUUGCAAAGGCCCUCGCGUCCUACUUGUUUAAUACUGAGGAAGCACUUGUCCGGAUCGAUAUGAUGGGGUAUGAUGAAGGACAGCUGACAGAGACUGUUCGCCGUAUACCAUAUGCUGUAAUUCUUUUUGAUGAGAUAGAGAAAGCUCGUUGUGAUGUAUUUAAUGUUUUCCUUCAAAUUUUGGAUGACGGGAGAGUCACAGAUUCACAGGGUCAAACCGUGAGCUUUACCAAACACGGUUAUCAUUAUGACUUCAAUGUGGGUUCACAGUACAUUCUAAAUUCGGAUGAAGAGAAGCCUAAAGAUCUAGCUUAUGAAACCAUCAAACAGAGGGUGAUGGAGGCUGCAAGAGACGUCUUUCGACCUGAGUUCAUGAAUCAUGUUGAUGAGAAUAUAGUGUUCCAGCCUUUGGACCACAAAGAAAUAAGCAGCAUUUCGAGGUUAAAGUGUAAUUUAAGACUUUUUCUUCGCAAUAAGGAUUCUAAAUGUGUUAUUCUUCUUGUUGGUUGA